GCGGUUGGAGGAACCUGAGGCGCGGGGCCGGAGCCGCCAGGAGUCUGGACGGCGGCGGGCGCGAGGGCAGGCGUGCCCAGAGUGGUCGCGCGUGCGUCGGCCGCCGCCCCUCGGCCUUUCUCUUCGCCGGUCCCCUCCCUCUCCGCCGGGACGCGGGAGAGCCCGGCGCGCGGCGGGGGCGCGAGGUGGAGCCGGCGGGGGCGGCCAAUGCGAAACUGGCUGGUGCUGCUGUGCCCGUGUGUGCUCGGGGCCGCGCUGCACCUCUGGCUGCGGCUGCGCUCCCCGCCGCCCGCGCGCGCCUCCGGGGCCGGCCCCGCAGAUCAAUUGGCCUUAUUUCCUCCAUGGAAAUCUAGUCACUAUGAUGUCGUAGUUGGUGUGUUGUCAGCUCGCCAUAACCAUGAACUUCGAAAUGUGAUAAGAAGCACCUGGCUGAAGCAUCUAAUGCAACAUCCAUCAUUAAGUCAACGUGUGCUUGUCAGGUUCAUAAUAGGUGCUCGUGGCUGUGAGGUGCCCGUGGAAGACAGGGAAGACCCUUACUCCUGCCGACUGCUCAACAUCACGAAUCCAGUUUUGAACCAGGAAAUCGAGGCAUUCAGUCUUUCUGAAGACACCUCAUCAGGAAUUUCUGAGGACCAGGUUGUCAGCGUGACCUUCCGAGUCCUCUACCCGAUUGUUAUUACCAGUCUUGGGGUGUUUUAUGACGCCAGUGAUGUGGGUUUCCAGAGGAACAUCACUGUCAAGCUUUAUCAGGCAGAACAAGAGAGCUUUGAAGGUACAAUCGUGUGGGAGAGCCAAGACCUCCAGGGCCUCGUGUCAAGAAAUCUGCACAAAGUGACAGUAAAUGAUGGCGGGGGAGUUCUCAGAGUCAUGACGGCUGGGGAGGGCGCCUUGCCUCAUGGAUUCAUGGAAGGUGUGGAGGGAGUUGCAGGUGGUUUUAUUUACACUAUUCAGGAAGGUGAUGCUCUCUUACAAAACCUUCAUUCUCGCCCUCGAAGACUCCUUGACCAUAUGAGUAAUCUCCACAGGGAAGAUGCCUUACUGAGGGAGGAAAGCAGCGUCUAUGACGAUAUUGUUUUUGUGGACGUUGUUGACACUUACCGAAACGUUCCUGCAAAAUUACUGAACUUCUAUAGAUGGACUGUGGAAACAACCAGCUUUGAUUUGUUGCUAAAAACAGACGACGACUGUUACAUAGACUUAGAAGCUGUGUUUAAUAGAAUUGCCCACAAGAAUCUGGACGGGCCUAAUUUUUGGUGGGGAAAUUUCAGACUGAACUGGGCAGUUGACCGAACCGGCAAGUGGCAGGAGCUGGAAUACCCCAGCCCCGCCUACCCGGCCUUCGCCUGCGGCUCGGGGUACGUGAUCUCCAGGGACAUCGUCCAGUGGCUGGCCAGCAACGCGGGCAGACUGAAGACCUAUCAGGGUGAAGACGUGAGCAUGGGCAUCUGGAUGGCCGCCAUAGGGCCCGCACGGUACCAGGACGGCCUGUGGCUGUGUGAGAAGACGUGCGAGACGGGAAUGUUGUCGUCACCCCAGUACUCCCCGCAGGAACUGACCCAGCUGUGGAGGCUGAAGGAAGCGUGUGGAGACCCCUGUCAGUGCGAAGCGGCCAGAGGAGGAUCGUAACUCGCGGUGUGUGAGGCUGAGGGUGUGUGCAAGCGAGAGUCUGAGGGGAGCCUACAGUUUGGCUGUCGAGUCCAUGUGUCUUUCAGGAUUGUUCUAGGUUGGCACUUUUUACCUGUAACCAAUGUGACAUUUCUAAAUGUGUGCACAAAAUUUCCUUUUUAAAAACCGACUGCUACUGUAGCAUAAGAAAAAUUUUAUUUCUGUAUUGGAAGAACAUUUGAGAAAUACCAAAUUGUUUUAUAAAACAAAAACGUUUCUAAGAGCUGAUGUAUCAUUUCUAGUUUAUAAUUAAUUACUAUCACUUUUGCUUAAAAUUUGGCCUAGUUCAGAAAUCUUGAGUAAUGACAGAGAAUGUGAAUUUCAAGCUGGAUUACAGAAUAGUUCCAUGAAGCAUAAUGAGGAUAAUUAAGGGCCAAAAAGAACUCACAGAAUGCCGUGUGGUCACUGAUACCAAAGCUUGGGGUUUCUGGAAAUGUCUGAAGUGAGCAACUUGAACUUGAAAAGGAACCAAUCCACUCGGUUCAGGACUUUGGUUUUAAAGUUCACUUAUUAAGUGGGCUAAUUCAAGUUUUCUUUUGCCAUUUAACACAAAUCCUGAAGGUCGCAGUCUGGUACUAUCAGAAAAAAAAAAAAACUAAAAUGGGGAUAUAAGUCAAAUACCUCUCAGGGUUUUAGCGACAUAGGGAAGGAUACUGCUUAAACAGUUGACACUUCAAAUGAGUUUUGCUUUCUUCCUGUCAUUGCCCGAUGGUUCCCUACUACACGUGACUUCCCAUCAGAGCUGGUCGUCAUCUGUAGAAGAAAGUAUGCCCAGUGUAGGUGCAGCUGCAGGAAAGACCAUGGGAUUCAUUUUUGCAAGUACUCUAAAAAUAGUGCAGCAGAGAAGAGAGAUCAUAGCAUAUGCGUUACACACAGAAGAGGUGCCGCCCUGAGUUCAAGGGACAGUUUCCAAAAUGACCUUCCAAGUCCUUUUGGUAACCUUUUAAACUAGUAGUAACAGUGGAACUCCAUUAAAACUGGUCUUACGCUGGACCUUAACUGUGUUCAGAUCUCAUUAGACUAGCUAGGUUCUAUUUAAUAUUUAAAGUAGCCAUGAACUAUAAAUACGAAAUAAAAUCAGUCAUUAGCAGUGACCAAGGCUUUGCACCUACUGUUAUGUAUGUGCCUAGAAAUGGUCUCUUCCCAAUGAAAAAUACCACUUUUUCUCUACUUAGGGCAAGUUGUAAAACCUCUUCUUCUGACAGAAUUGUUCCAGAGAAUCAUUCCUUUCCAGUGAACCCCAGUCAUGAUAAAACAGUGGAGUCUCUGAACUUGACUAGUUGGCUGUUACCAUCGCACUAACAGGUAGUCUCCGUUUUCCACAGAAUAGAACUGUAAUGACUGCUGGUCAUUUUCUAGCUCAAUCUCUCUGCCAGGCAUCUAAAAACAGAACAAAGGGUCAAUACAUCAAAGAUGUCUGUUUUUCACCGAGAAUCCAGCCGAAUCACAAAGAGCCCCAGCUGAAUGACGUGUCUUACGGGGGGGCGGGGACCUAAGCUUGACUCUGUGUGUCGCUGGGCAACUUACUUUGGGACUUUCGUAGGACAGCACAAGUUCUGACACAGGAACUUUGAGAAGACGUGACAGCAGUCCCUUCACCUUCUGAAUGGUCAUGGAAUCUGUCAAAAGACACACCCUCAGUUCCCUUGAAUAACAGUUCCGUGUAAAACGAGCUCACGUGACAAGCCCACAGUCGCAGUGACUCAGUGUUCCAUCAUUAGGGACAGGCUCACCUGCCCCGGGGCGGCGAGAGCCCUGUCCACACCACCUACUGGACAUUCGGGAAGCUGUGGCAAACGGAGCCAAUGUUUGACCUAAGUGCCCUUGACAAUGGCUUUUCAUUACCAUCUCAGUGGUGUUUAAUAUUUCCUCCUUACUCUGAAGAAACCGGAAAUCCUAUUCUCUGCACAGAGGAGUAAAUGUGAGUAAAACCCUGACCUUCCUAAACCUCUGUGAUCACUCACUUCUGGAUGGCUGAGAGAACGCUGGGGCGGGGCGCCCCGAGGACGUCUGUCUGUCCCUCUGCCUUGGUUUCCUCCCUGGGGAGUGAGGGAGGCCCAAGUGGUCUAUAGACUCCCUUCGCACGCGCCCAGUCUGUGGGGAUUAUGACAUGUAAAUGCGCUUGACAUGCGAGGGGGAUUUACUCAGUGAGCAAAUGCUUUGGUUUGUUCAGAAAAUGCUAUGAACUUCUUUCCAAAGAUGGGUUGUGGUAAAUACUGGAUAUUUUGGUGAUGAGAAAUAGUUUCUCUGAAGCUUUAGCUGGAGGUACAGCAAUAGUGUGGUGUUCCUACAAAUAUCACAUGUAUUCAAAUAUUUUUCUAUCAAAAAUGAUUUUUGUAAAAGCUGUGUGUGUUUUUAUGCAACUUGUCAUAAUAAAUGUUAUCUUUAUUUUAGAAUAAAAACUGGCCUUAUUUAUGUGUUGAAUAUAAA